AUAUAAAGCCACUACCUCAGUGCAAAUCCCUUGUAUAUAACAGCUCUUUUAUUCCUCAACUUUCUCACUAUCUUUUAAGUAUUCUAGUUCAUGUACUCUCUCUCACUUCUCCCUUCCUCUUUCAUCUAGCAUAACCAAACUUCAAUUUAUUGAAUCAAAUUCAUACUUUAGAAAACUCACAUAUCCCAAAGUUUUAUGCAAUAUACAUAUUGUUAAGAUCAAAACUAUCCAUUUUCUCAUCACUUCCUCUUUUUUCUUUUUUCUCAUACUUUCAAAAGUGAAGAGCUAGCUCUUAAAUUUGUUUGAGUUUCUUUCAUGCUUUCACUUUGUCAUAAUUCAUCUUAUCCUUAAGUUUGGUACACUUCAAAUUUUGAACCAAUACCUACCCUUCAAUUCAUCUUUGAAUUUUUAUUUUUUCAUAUUUUUUGCUAUUCAUGUUCAUGGACUACUUAAAGGAACUAGAAUGCAAAAUGUCACAUGAUUAUCUAAUGAAGGAUACAAAUGUAACUUCAUUUGUUCAAGGACCAAUCAUAGUAGGAGCUGGUCCAUCAGGAUUAGCAGCAGCAGCAUGUCUUAAACAAAAAGGAAUUCCAAGUUUAAUCCUUGAAAGAGCAAAUUGUUUAGCUUCAAUGUGGCAACUCAAAACUUAUGAUAGAUUAAAGCUUCAUCUUCCAAAACAAUUUUGUCAACUACCUCUUAUGCCAUUUCCAAAAGGGUUACCAUCAUAUCCUACUAAGCAACAAUUUUUAUCUUACUUAAAAGCUUAUGCUAAUCACUUUGAUAUUAAUCCUUUUUUUGGUAAACAAGUUGUGAAUGCUGAAUUUGAUGUUGUUUGUGGAGUUUGGAGAGUAAAGACACAAGAAGUUAUGAAAAAGGGAAAUGAGAAUAUUAUUAUUGUAUAUGUUUCUAAAUGGUUAAUUGUUGCUAGUGGUGAAAAUGCUGAGGAAGUUGUGCCUCAAAUUGAAGGGAUGGAACAAUUUCAAGGACCUAUUUUGCAUACUAGUUUGUAUAAAAGUGGUAGCAUGUUUUGUGGGAAGAAUGUUUUGGUUGUGGGGUGUGGAAAUUCAGGCAUGGAGGUUUGUUUAGAUCUUUCAAAUCAUAAUGCUCAUCCAUCCUUGGUAGUUAGAGACACGGUGCAUAUCUUGCCACAACAAAUAUUUGGGAAAUCAACUUUUGGUUUAUCUAUGUGGUUACUUAAAUGGUUUUCAGUACAUUUUGUGGAUCAAUUUUUACUUCUAAUGUCAGAUCUUAUGCUUGGAGAUACAUCUCAAUUUGGAAUUCAAAGACCAAAAAUUGGUCCAUUAGAAUUUAAGAACUUGUACGGCAAGACACCAGUUUUAGAUGUUGGGACAGUAGCUCAAAUCAAAAGUGGCAAAAUUAAGGUUUGCAAGGGAAUUAAACGACUAGUACAUAAUGCAGUGGAAUUUGUUGAUGGAAAAGUGGAGAACUUUGAUGCAAUCAUUCUAGCUACUGGUUACAGAAGUAAUGUACCCUCUUGGUUAAAGGGAAGUGAUAUGUUUAGUGAGAAAGAUGGUUUUCCAAAAAAACCAUUCCCAAAUGGAUGGAAAGGUGAAAAGGGAUUAUAUGCAGUUGGUUUCACUAAACGUGGCUUGCUUGGUUCAUCUAUUGAUGCAAAGAGGAUUGCAGAAGAUAUUGAAACUAGCUGGAAAGAUACUAAAGCCAAGCCACUUGCAUGAAUGAUGUGGGAAUGAUAUCAUGCAAAUGUGGGAAUAUUUUUUUAACCAUAAAAAAAAUUGGCGUUGCCGUAGGACCAAAAUGUUGUAGUGAUAAAAAAAAUGAAAAAAAAAAGUGCAUAUAUAUAUAUAUAUAUUUUAUAUAUAUGAUCAAAUAUAGAAUGUGUGAUUCCCAUAUCCAUUAACAAAUACUAGGAAUUGGUGGUUGGUGAAGGUAUUGAUGUGUUUAUUUUUGUUUGUUUGGUUGAUAAUUAUUAUAGUUGAUUGUCAUAAUUAAUUUGUAUAUCUUGUAUAUUGUCAUAAUCUAGCUAGCUAGUUGAUUUAUUUUUUAAGAAAAAGGGUUGGUACAAUUUUAUUUUUUAUUUUUCAAUAUUGAUUAGUUAAUA